CAGCAUCAGGCCAGGAGCCCCGGCGACGGGAAGCUCCUGGCCCACGCGUCCAACACUGCCAUAAAGCCAUCGCCCGGCCAUCACUCUCUGCCACGCAAGAAAACGCCAUCCGACGUUAGGAACGCCGCCUCAACGCAACAGUUUCAGCGCGCUCAGUCGCUGAGGCGGAGCUGCCUGUCGCCUACUCAGUAUCAUCAGCAGCAGCAUCACGCGCAUCGUCAGCAGGAGAGCUCGUUGCAUUUCGAGUACUUUGUGCCGCGAAGCGUCAGCGAGUUCAACCUGGCCGCAGCGGCAGUCACCGACAUUGCUGUCCCCCCGCCGCCGCCCUCGUCCGUUCUAAGACCCGCCUCCGCGAUCACGCCCCCGGUCGCUUCCGUCGUGAACCCAGUCCCGUUGAACCAGUCGCGUCUAUUGGAGUGCACCGCCACUACGACCAGGAGUCGCGAGAAGAUGGUCACCUUCGAGGACGAGGGUGUUAACUGUGCCACCUCCACGCCCACCAGGAAGAACGUUUCCGCCCUCGACAAUGUUUUCAUGUGACGCUGCAAUCACGGUUGAACGCGAGUGCCAGACUCCAUGUGAACGUAGGCGGGGACGAGCUCUCGGGGCGUGGCCUUAUCGCGAACCGAUCAGAGACCACGCCCCUUAGACACAACGAGAAUGAUCGAAACGAAUCGUUUUGCGCUCUGUUUGCUCAAUGACGAUGCUGGUCGAUAAGAUUGACGAAGGACGAGUAUAUAGACGUUCUUAGACAGGCGAAAUCCGAGAUGGAAGAUUUAUAAAAGGAAGGCGGUACUGUACAGGCCCAUGAGAGAAACGCUGCGAUGUGUAAUGAAAACAGCGAUUCUCGAUUGUAUGAUAAUAGAUACUCUCACUGUUGGCGAGAAGAACAGCCUGCAGACGAUGCAAGAUGCGUUUGCUGGAAGACUAGGAACGCUGUUCGACGUCUACCAAUGUCUCGAGGAACCGAGAAUGUGUUGUAUAACUCUGAGCCUUCGGAGCAUUUCUUCGUCGAUAGAACUGCUCGUGUACAGAUCUUCUGGUUUGAAGAUGUUCGAGCUAAUUACGACAAGAGUGUCUCGAACGCGAUCCCUGCAAUUCCCGGUUCACGAGAGGCGGGAGGACCGCCUGAAUGGAAAACAAAAAAAACACUAGAUUUCUAUCGUUUAAAUUAUAACAACCGUUACUGUAACACUAAUUAAUACUCUUAAUCGCUGCUGAUAUUCUUCUUCUUACCAUUAUCGUUGCUAGGUUACACAGCUGCCCGCGAAACAGCGACUUCGCUGGCGAACAUACUUUGUACGACGCGUCACGCGUCAAACAUCUACGAACUAUCGAAAUAUACGAUUACGACGCCUCUUUCUCUUCCAGUUAUCUUUUUUUCGAGACCUGAUUGUACAAUUGACCGAAAAAGUAUGCGAGGUUCGAUUUCGAGGGCUGACCAGUGCGUAAUGGGCGUGGCGUACAUUGAGAAGGUGGAUACGCCAGGGUGGAACUUCUUACGGUCAGUCGUAGCGUAACUUGUAAGGAACUCGCGUUGGAAACUUGAUUCUUUAUAGUUUACAACCUUGAAAUGCGCGUUUUGUCGUGAUUAUAGUCGGAUCAAAAAUUCGUUUGCAUUUUGUACCUCUUGAAGGAAUAAUUCGGAGCGAGGAGUCGGGAGGUGGGCCAAGAGGCGGAGCAAAGAGUCGAGAGGUGGGGCAAGAGGCGGUACGAAGAGUCGAGAGGUGGGAGAAUGGGUGAUGAAACUGAACACUAUACGGAAAAGUCACGAUUGGUCAAUAAAUUCCGUUCCGACCAGAUGAAAGCUGUGUAUUACGUGAACACGUGAAACCCACUAU